CUCGGUUGCCUUGUGGCGGUGGAGCAGCGGGAGGGGCAGGUAGUGUAGUUGUUUGUAGCUGCCGGGGAUAGACAAAGCUGCCAAGGUCGGCGAAAGUACUGUACUGACUACAUUUUGCUGCACGCCUACCUCUAAGGAUCCACUAGUACAACAGAAAACCUAGACGACAGGAAAGCGGAUGAUAUAGACAACAGUCUGAAGUCCUCCACAGGAGAAGAAACCAAAUGGGGAAUCUGUUAAAAGUGCUCACUUGCACAGAGCUUGAGCAGGGGCCAAACUUUUUCCUUGACUUUGAAAAUGCACAGGCGACAGAAGGCGAGCGUGAGGUGUGGGAUCAGGUGAACGCCGUCCUCCAGGACUCUGAGAGCAUCCUGACCGGCCUGCAGGCGUACAAAGGAGCGGGCCAGGAGAUCAGAGAUGCAAUUCAAAACCCAAACGACAUGACUCUGCAGGAGCGAGCCUGGAACUCCGUCUGCCCGCUCGUCAUUAAACUCAAGAAGUUCUACAGCUUCUCCCUGAGAUUAGAGGAAGCUCUGAGGAGUCUGCUGACGUCCCUGACGUGCCCCCCCCUGACCCCCACUCAGCAUCUGGAGCGGGAGCAGGCGCUGGCCAAACAGUUCGCAGAAAUCCUGCACUUUACACUGCGCUUCGAUGAGCUUAAGAUGAGGAUCCCCGCCAUCCAGAAUGACUUCAGUUACUACAGACGCACCAUCAGCCGGAACCGGAUAAACAACAUGAAUUUGGACAUUGAGAACGAAGUCAACAAUGAGAUGGCCAACAGGAUGUCUCUGUUCUACGCUGAAGCCACGCCCAUGCUGAAGACGCUCAGCACCGCCACCACCAACUUUGUGUCAGAGAACAAAACCCUUCCACUGGAGAACACCACAGACUGUCUCAGCACCAUGGCCAGCGUUUGUAAGGUUAUGCUCGAGACGCCUGAGUAUUCAAGUCGCUUCAACAGCGAGGACACGCUUCUGUUUUGCAUGAGGGUGAUGGUGGGGGUCAUCAUCCUCUACGACCACGUCCACCCCAACGGCGCCUUCAACAAGUCCUCCAAGAUUGAUAUGAAAGGCUGCAUAAAAGUCCUGAAGGACCAGCCGGCGGACACCGUGGAGGGCCUCCUGAACGCACUCAAAUUCACCACCAAACACCUGAACGACGAGUCCACUCCCAAGAACAUCCGGACGAUGCUUCAGUAAUAUUUUUUCUAGAUCUAUAAACAGAUAUGAAGAGGAUCAUUGCGCUGACCUUAAAUAAGAUGUACAUGUUUACAUUAUUUAAAAAUGUUAAUACUUGUGUGUAUUUGGACGGUCAUUCCCGCCUGCUUGUCUGGAGCUGCUCUCCCGACAGAAACAGCCUCUGCUGUUUAAAGCACAAACGAAGGACGCCGUCUUAUCCUCGCCAUGACAACUUGAUUAUAGAGUAUCAUUUCAGUUCAACACUUUUUUUUUAAUUGAAAGUGGAAAAAUACAGCUUUAAAUUGUUUUCUUUUUAACAAAAAUGUUUUUUCUUAUGUUCAUCACAGAAAAACGACUUAAACAGACAAAUCAGCAGAGAGAACAGAAGCAGCUCAGACACUGAGGUGAAAGGUUAAACGUGAAAAACAUAAGGGAUUUGAUGCAACGUUUGGCUGUUUUUUUGUGUAGAUUUAUUAUCCUAAUCCUUCAUUUUCUUUGGUUGAUAAAACCUUUACACUCUCAGAAAAUUAAAAAAAAGACAUGUUUUCUUUUGAUAUUUGAGAUUUUAUGCCAUUUGUUUCUAAUUGUAGUUCGAAUUGUGUUCAUUUCCUGAUCAAAUUACCUUCAUUUCUCUGUUGUUGUUUUUUUUAUUUCAGCCUAGGUUGUGUUUACAACAUGGAAGAAAUUUGCCUUAAAUCAAAAAAGAAAUCUGAAGCUGCCUCAUAGGAUCACGUGUUGUAAUAUUUCCCUCUAAAUGUUCAAAUUUGUUCAAUUUAAAUGGACAAUCUGACUGUUAAACAGGUUUAUUUUAUUGUUCUGAUCUUUGGAGACCAAUGAUACAGCAUGAGUGUAUUAACAGACGCAGUAAACAUUUCACAUGCAGAGGUUAACCCUUUUUUUAUUCUCUUCUUUCCCAUUAGAUUUAAGGGGCUUAACCUCUCUCCAUUCUUACUAAGUGGGAGUGUGCGGCCAAUCACAGAGCAGGACACUGUCUGACAUAAGCUGGUCUUAUCCUGUGAAAGAUGGACUUUUAUUGUUCGCCAUGCAAAGCCAUAAAUAUCGUCCAGCACUCCUUACAAUUCCUGAGCUGCAUAUGAUUUUGUACUUUGUUUGUUUUUAUCGUCUGUAACCUUGAAACUGAGCUCCAAAUAUUUGUGCAAGCCUGACUAUGGAUGCAGUUUGAUCCAAACAAAAAAGAAAAAGUGAAAAGACUUGAAGUCAGGAGUGUGUUUUGUGACUGAAGUGUCGAUUAAAACGGAAAUGUCGUCUGGAUAGAUGUUCUCCACGCUUUCUUCUGCGCCCAACUGAUGCUACUGAUCAAACUCAGCCUUUUUCCUUUUUUUUGUUUUUGCCCUAAUAUGAACUGACAGUCAUUGUUUCGAUUCACUGUUGAUAUGAAAUGCUCUGGCUUUGUUUUUUGCAUAAUGAACGGGAUGUGUGAAUUGGAAAAUAAAAUUGGUACAGUUCUUAAAAAAAUAAAAGAA